AUGGACGUCAUACCAGACUUGGCGUUGGCUUCCGUUGUUUUAGGGGAGCUCGGAGAAAAUGAAUACGAUUCUGGGUUCAGAAAUGCAUCAGACAUGCCUGAAACGAUCACCGGUCGAGACGCAGCGAGGUUUCCCAUCAUCGCCAGCUGUACUCUGUUUGGGCUCUACCUCUUCUUCAAGGUAUUCUCACAAGAGUACAUCAACAUGCUGCUGUCGGUCUACUUCUUCGGCCUGGGCGUCCUGGCUCUGUCUCACACCAUGAGUCCUCUGAUGUCCAGAAUCUUUCCAGAGUCUUUCUCAAACAAACAGUACCAGCUGCUCUUCACUCAGGGCUCCGAAGAGUCCAGAGAAGAAAUAGUGAACUAUGAGUUUGACACCAAGAACCUGAUUUGUCUGAUCAUCAGCACCGUGGUGGGAGUCUGGUACCUGGUGAAAAAGCACUGGAUAGCCAAUAACCUGUUUGGUUUGGCGUUUGCCCUGAAUGGAGUGGAGCUGCUCCACCUGAACAACGUCAGUACCGGCUGCAUCCUGCUGGGGGGGCUGUUUGUCUACGACGUCUUCUGGGUGAGACUAUUUAUUUUUUUAACACAUAUUCAAAUGAAGACACCUGUUCUGAUGAUGAUUUUGUUUCUUCCUCUUCUUUCUCUUCCUCCUCUCAGGUAUGAGGAGACUCCUUCUGAAGACACAGACUCGGAGGUUAAAGAGGACUCGGAGACAGAGAAGAAGGACCAAUAGCCCCACCGCCCCCCCCCCCCCCCAACACUUCUCAUCCAGCCUGCUGCCACCAAGUCGUCUCCCUGAAGCCCCUCCCACCAGUGAGGGGGGCGUAGCUAACGUUGUUUGUCUCUGAAGGAAGGUCCUGAUCAGGUUGUUUUUGGUGACAACAGAGCGGAUGAUUCUUCUCUCACCUGCUCUCACAGGAACCUUCAUCCCACCGAGUGUUGUCUUGGUUCUACGUUUCAUGAAGUUUAACUAAAUGUGUUUAAUCUGAAUGAGCACCUGGAAGCAUCAUGAACCUCAUCCUCGUGUGUUUGCAGCUCGUCGGCUCCGAUGGACCAGAAACCGUUAGUGUGUUCAGACCAAACUCAGAGACGAGUUUUACACUUGCGUUCUUCAAAUCCCACUUUUCUGUGGCGCUAAUGUUCGUGGCGGCUGUCGUUGAGUUCAAUCAACAGUUUCCAAAUUGACCGUAUGGUCCGAUGGCUGCUUCUUCUUCUUCUUGUGUAGAUCCAAAGCUCCAUGUGUUAAAGCUGCAUUCUCUCUACUGUCCAUCAGGGGGCGACUCUUUAAGGGAAACGCAGGUGUGCUAGUUUGUUAGCUUUGCGUUUGGUCUGAACGCACUGUUUCAGGCUUGCACUGUUUGAAGGAGCGUGUUGGUUUAAACAAUUAGAAAAGACCUCCGAGUGAAACACGCUUUGUGUUUUAAAGCCUCCAAACGAGCCACGUCGUCCUUCCUAUAAAUCCUGUCCAGUGAAUCUGAGCUUGUACCGCACGCUUUCCUUACUUCCUGCUUUUAUUUUGACGCUGCUCAUUCUGCCUUCUGCUUUCUCACGUCAGUGUUUUCAGUCUUGUUUUACGUUGUUUUACGUUGUUUCUUGUUGAAGGCCAGAACUUUGAGAGGACGGAUCCCUGAUGGACUGGUUGUAUAACGUUCUGGCCUGUGAGGAGUAAAGGGAGGAGGAGGCAGGACUGAACCUCCUGCACUGAUCAUCUUCCAGUCCUCAUUCUCAGAUCUUAUUGGUGGAGAGGCUGCGAGGGGGCGGGGCCCCGUGGCCCCUCUCAUCCAAUAGGCUGUGAGAAUGAGGGAGCUUUGUUUUUUUUCUUCCAAAAAGCAUUCCCAGUUUUGAUUUAAUUGUAAUUUUUUUUAUUAUUAUUAGCUUAGAAAGCCAUGAAAUCAGAGGUGGAUUUGAUAAAUUACCUAAAACCCUUUUUGUCAUGAAAAACAUUUCUGGACUGAAACAAAUGUGAAGCUCAAUAAAUUCACCUGAAGCUGAUUUCUGUCACUUGGACUUAUCCUCCUGCACACCUGUAGGCGACGCAUCAACGAUCCAAGUCAGAAUACGUAACACAAAUGUCAACAGUUAUAGCUAGAAGUCAUUUAUCUGAUGUUCAUGGACUACUUCAGCAGUUUCACAGCACUUCUGUAACAUGUGACUCAAACGAGGCGUAAAAUACAACAUAAUCAAAAAUGAAGCAGCUGAAGACGAGAUGUCCCGCAUACAGCUCAAGUUACAAAAGCUUCUGGAAAAUAAAUUUCCCAUAAUGCACAGUAGACACAAAGGGUUUUAGUUUCAGAAUUUCAAAAUAAAAGUUCAAAUUUAGAUUGCAAAAGUUGUAAAUUUGAGAGAAAAGUCUUCUUGGAUUUUAAAUAUAAAAUGUAACUCUCUUCAAAGUAAAGACUAUCACAUUUUAGAUAACUUUAUAUUCGUUUGACUGGUUUUUUUAAUGGCAUUUGAGGAAGUAAUUUUAAUUUAAAGUCUCUUUAGGACACCGUGCAUUAUUCACAAAGGUUUGGUGUGUUUUCAUAAAAUCUCUUUAACUUCUGGGAUGCUGAGGAAGAGAAAACCCUCCGACUGGUCGUGUUCAGCCUCUCGUUCUCGUUGUUCUUGAUGUUGCUUUGUUAAGAGAUGCACCGUUUUGUAUUUUGAUGUAAAACAUAAGCAGAAAUAGAAGUUUCACGCUCAUAUUCAGCUCAGUGACGGUCAGUAGCCCCUCAUCGUUUUAAAUAUACCUGAAACGUUUUUCUUUGUCUUUCUCUCUCUGGUUGACUUUGUGCAGGUCGUUGUUACGGCUCCGGCUAUCUAUUUUAUUUGCAAUAAACCUUUUUGGUGUUUUGAUCACCGUAUCGAGAAGCAUAACUCUGAGUGAGUCUGGUUCUUUGAUGCUUGAAUCCAGUGUUUCCAUCACCAGCAGAACUCAAAUGUUUUAAAUAGCUCUUCUUAAUCUUCUUACUUUGAGACUGUUUCGAUGUUUUUCUUCAGUAUAACCGAGAUUUAAAGUAAAGUGUUUAGAGAACAACAGGGGAGCUAGAACAGAUCCCUGAGGAACUCCACGAUUAACAUGUAUGACACAUCAUACAAUAGCUAUAAUAGUUUUAAUAUAUGCAACUGAAUAUCUAAUUAUGGUAUUUAACCUCUAUACUGAAUAAAUUCAAAUACGCUGUGGUCGAUAUGAUAUGGUUUUCUUAAGAUAAAAAAAGAAAGUGUCCAAUAUUUAGAAAAGAACAUUCUUGAUACAUCUUUGAAAUAUAUUUUAUUUUAUCUAACAGCUCAAAAUUCUAAUUUAAAUUGAAGACGAAUGCAAAAUAGGAAGUUAGUACAAAGUUUACAUUCAAACACUUUCACAUUCCUCACUAUACCUUCUGCAAAACAAACACGUUCAAGUCUCUGGACUCGGACAUAUGUAGUGUAAAAUAUGUAGUUUAAGGAAAAUGCAAUGGCUCAAUCAGCCAAGUGUGAUGGUGUAAUGCAUGAUGCAUUGCUUACUUAUUUAUUCAUUAUUUGUUUAUUUAGAUGUAAGUGUGUUGACCUUUUGACAUUAGGCUUUUGUUCUGAAAACAGAUUAAAAGUAUAACAUAA